GCGCUUUUACUGUCCAUAAGAAUAUUCUACAGUGCAUCGUUGAGCAGAUACAUUCCAUUCUAUCGUAUUAGCCAUCUUAGAUCUUCCUUCACUGAAUCACCACAGCGACAAUGUUCACUUUCGAUAAUGUCAGCGACGGUGAGGUCGUGCACCAGCGUUGUGUGCUUGUCACUGGAAAAUACGAGGCCAAUGACAAGAAACGUCAUGACUACGUACGAAUCGAGACGAAAGACGGUGCAGGUCGUGCUCUUUUCCCCGAGCAACGAUGGCCAAUGUGCCAGGGCUGGUUCAAGGCGAUGCUCAUCUUGACACCCGGAGAGAACCUCAUCAACAUCACAUCUGAUGACGAUUCACACAAGAAGAGAUUGCGGCUGCAAUAUAUUCCACUUCUCCAGACACCGCCCUUGCAUCUGGCCAUCCUGGUAGCUAAGGAUUCACCGCUGGCAAUUGACUGUCCACCGCGCAAAUACCAUGGCCUCUCAAAUGCUCAUUCUAGCCUUGAAGCAGCCAUCAGCAAGUUCCGGACCACAGCAUACAUGUGGCAGGCCCUGACAGCUGAAGAGUUGCGCAAGAACGGCCUGGGCCGGCGAUCGUUCCGCCUGGAGGAAGAAUGGGCAGCUGAUACUCUGAGCCAGUCCUUCACAAACGACAUGACAAUGCAGUCCACCGCCAAGAUCCACCUGAUCCGAGCAGACAAGACCGUUGCUGAGCUCCGGGAUGCACAGCUGGCCCAGCAGAACCCGAACGCGAGGCGCAGGGACGACCUGCACAAAAUCUUCAGCGAGGCGCUGCUGGCACACGGGGGCCCCUUUGCCUCCGAGGCAAAGCCUGUCGUCGCUGGCCUGAUACUGGACUCACACUACGAUACGGGGAGCAAUUUGAUCCUCGCCCACGCUGCCCUCGGCGCACACAAUCCCAACGGCCUAUCCCUGGGAAUCUUCGGCAGCCACCUGACCUAUUCCUGGCCUCGGUUCGUGGAGGAGAUCACAGACUGCCUGCUGGACGAGGGCGCGCCGGGAGAUCGGGUCGGAAACGACAAUGGCGAGUGCGUGUCCAUGUGGAGGUCCUGCGCCGUGGGCCAGGGGGCGUUCCUCCACGAGGUCGGCCACGCGUUCUCGGCACCGCACACGUCGGGCAUCAUGGCCAGGGGUUACUCAAAAGACUGGCCAAAGUGCUUCUUGGCCAAGACUGCGUACUGCGCGCGUGACAAGACCGAGGGUGUCGAGCCUGUAGUGACUGACACACCGAAUGACUGCCGGUGGGACGUCCGCGAUAUGCUCCGCUUCGCAAACCUGCAGCACUUCAGAAUGCCUUCGGACUCACCGCGGGAUAACAAGCCUCCCAGCUUCGAGGUCUGCGACGAUGAGGACUUCACUCGAAUUGUCAUCACCUGCCAAGCAGGCAUUGCGCAAGUUUUGCUUCAAGGAAAGGAGGAAGCCAGCCCCAGCCUCGCCAACCCUCAGACCUCGGUCAAGUACACAAUCGAUGAGCUCGAGUCCCGAUUCGACCUUCUCGAAGCGCUGGAGGUCGAAGUCCUGGGCAUGAACGGCAAGCACCAGAAGACCGACCUGUCCCGUCUCCUGUCAAGCAGGUCGUCGAUCCGCGUGCCAGGGACCACCGUCCGCCUGCACAAGCAGAGCAUCAGCAACGGCGAGCCGCAGAAGGACGACUGGCAGUGGGCAGUGAUGCUGAAGAAGCGCGGCCGCGGCGGCGAGCUCGUCCCCGCGAACAAGAUCGACCUCAGGGUCGGCUGUGGGCUCGACGGCGCCGUGGUCUACUACAAGGACGGCACGCAGAUCCCCUGUGGCCCGCGUGGAAGGAACGGGAAUGACCACGGCAUGGGCGGCCAUCAGGCCCGCAAGAUUGCGAUUCCCAAGGGCGUGGAUGUCGUCAAGGUCGCCGUGACCAAGGGUAGUAGCUGGGAUCUGCAGGGGCUGAGGAUGUGGCUUUCUAAUGGGAAGGCUAUGGGUGCCUUGAACCGCGGCCGAGGAAACGGCGUCGUCCAGACUCUUGUCCCGGGACCUAACCAGAAGAUCAUCGGGUUCUAUGGCACGAGUGGCCAAUAUGGCAUGUGUAAGGAGUUCGGAAUCGUCACUGGCCCAGCGGAUAACCAUAUCCCCGACACCGUCUAUGACAUGCCGGAGCUGCAGAACAACCCGGAUGGUGGCUCAGGACGGCCAUCCAAGCGACGACGCGUUGAUCCGAACCAGUCCGAUACUGAGGAUGACGGAACGGACACGUCUGAAGAUGAGGACACUGGCUAUGAUGACUCGGACCAGGAAGAUGAGGAGUGAGGUUCCCGUUGCUGCGCGUGUAGAUCUUGAUCUCCCUGUCCAAUCUCCUAUAGAACAUUCGCCACACAGUCAGCUGUAUCGGCGCCUGAAACCACUGGCAACCUUUGAGAGCUGGCAGUAGUACCGAGGAAAAUCUUCUAGCAUGUCUGAGGGAUACCAGAUUGCAAUAUGCACAAUUGUCUAAUCAAACCACUCCCUCGGUGCUGCGACCUCAUUGUAUCUAGACGCGUACAUAUUCAUACUGAACGAUAAACUAU